AUGGCUUCCACAAACCCUGCGGUCAUCAUGGGUGAUGGUACCGGGCUAACCAAACUUGGUUUCGCCGGUAACGACGCCCCAUCGUUUGUUUUUCCUACCGCAAUUGCCUCGCGUUCCACCACCUCUGGCAAGUCGUCGGCCCAACCAGUGUUUGGGGGUAAUGCCGGCUCUACCACUUCUGCCAACAACAACUUGGCAUCUAAACGUGGGAUGGAAGAUCUCGAUUUCUACAUUGGUGACGAGGCCCUCAAAGCCGCCAAUGGUCCAAACUACUCUCUAUCGUACCCGAUCAAGCACGGGCAAAUUGAAAAUUGGGAUCAUAUGGAACGGUUCUGGGAAAACUCGAUCUUCAAAUACUUGCGAUGCGAACCAGAAGAUCACUAUUUCCUCAUGACCGAACCCCCAUUGAACCCUCCUGAAAACCGUGAAAACGUUGCCGAAAUCAUGUUUGAAAGUUUUAAUUGUGCCGGGCUCUACAUUGCCGUGCAAGCGGUGUUGGCAUUGGCAGCCUCAUGGACCAGUUCGAAAGUUCAGGACAGAUCGCUUACUGGUACGGUGAUCGACUCGGGUGAUGGGGUCACCCACGUCAUUCCGGUGGCCGAAGGAUACGUGAUUGGCUCGGCAAUUAAGAAUAUCCCAAUUGCUGGUAGAGAUAUAACGAUGUUUAUCCAACAAAUGCUCAGAGAACGUGGGGAAUUGGAUUCAUCUUUGAGAACCGCGGAAAAAAUCAAACAAGAGUUUUCUUAUGUAUGUCCGGAUAUCGUUAAAGAAUUCAGAAAGUUCGAUAACGACUCAGAAAAAUUUGCCCAAUUUAUCGUGGAAAACGAAAGUAAAACUUCCAAAAAAAUCAUCGAUGUCGGAUACGAACGAUUCUUGGCCCCAGAGAUUUUCUUCAGUCCGGAAAUCGCCAACAGUGAUUUCUUGACCCCAUUGCCAGUGAUUGUCGACCAAGUAAUCCAGCAAUCACCAAUUGAUGUGAGAAAAGGGUUAUACAAGAAUAUUGUUCUCAGUGGGGGGUCGACGAUGUUUAAAGAUUUCGGUAGACGUUUACAAAGAGAUAUUCGGGACAUUGUCAAGGAGAGAAUCACCGAUUCUGAAAAGCUUUCCCAUGCUAAAUCUUCUGGGGUUGAUGUGAACGUCAUCAGCCAUAGAAGACAACGGAAUGCGGUAUGGUUUGGUGGGAGUUUGUUGGCGCAGACCAGUGAGUUCAAGGCGUACUGCCAUACUAAAGCCGAUUACGAUGAAUAUGGUCCAAAUAUUGUGAGAAACUUUAGUUUAUUCAGCGUGCCAUGA